AUGGAGGCCGACGAGACAGCGGGUUUUCCGCAAUUUCUCUGGCGCCCCUCGCCUUCCCCCCGUACACGUGGCCAUAACUUCUAUCCCUUCCAAGAAAACUGAAUACUGUUUUUCGGUUUCUGAACUGUUUUCUAGGUUCCUCCGUGAUCAUUCAGCUAUUUUUUGGCGUUAUUUCGUUGCUUUUGUUAAAUAGAAAAAAGUAAAUAUGUAUCGAAAAUUAGCGUUUCGGAACUAAAAUACGGUUGAGAUAUGAUUAAAAUAACAUUUUCGUCCACUUGGUCUAUAACUCCUAUCCCUCCCAAGGAAACUGAAUACUGUUUUCCGAUUUUUGAACUGUUUUCUAGGUUCCUCCUGGUCGUUCAUCUUUUUUUUCCUUUAUUUAUUGUAGCAAAAUAACAUGUUUAAAAAAAUUUUCUCGUUUUCUUGAAUGUUUCGAAGUGCGUUUUUUUCAAUGUUUUCAGGCGUUUUUUUAUCUUUUUUUUCUCAAUGGAAAAAAAGUUGUAAAAAAACCUUGCGAAGUGAGAAGGCUGUUGAAAACAUUGCAUGAAAUUUGAAGAUCCUCGAUUUUUUUGGAACUUACAUCUCAAUAUACUGUUCAGUUUUAGAAAACAGAACAUGUCUUGAAAUUAAGCGAAAAUGCUCCAAAAUUCAAAAAUUCUUCUAAACUCAUUGCUUGUUCAGUAACUUUUUAUUAAUUGAGAAAAAUCUUCGAAAUUUUUUUCUAUUCGCACUCCAGUUGCGAGAAAUGUGUCUUGAAAUAAAUUUUAAAAAAAGCUUUGAAAAAUGAGGAAAAAUGAACAUUUAAAGCUUUUUUUGAGACAUUUCCUGUUGAAAAAUUGUACGAUAUUCGGCUAUUUUGAAUUAUUCCCGAGCCUCUUAUAAACACAUUUUUCGAUUUCGAUUCUAUUUCCCGUUGAUAUUUUUUCCCAAUCAUCGAAAUUUUUUAAUUACUGUUUUUUCAGGGACGAUUCGACUUUGUAAUUAAAUUUUAUUUAAUUCAUUUCUCUGCGACAUGUGGAUUUUUUUCCACUCUUAUUCCUGCCCUGUUUAGUUUUUUUGGUGAGUUUUUUUAUCAUUUUCGAGUUUUGAAUGAUUCAUUUUUGAAUUUUUUUCAGCGAAUUUGAACAAUAGUGAGUUUUUUUGGUGUUGUGUAGUUUUUUUCAUGUAACUUUAUUUCAUCAUUUUUUUGAAGGAAUUCGGUUUUUGUACUAGAAAUAUUUUUUUACAGGACAAAACGCCCAACAGCAGCCAGCCGCCAAUGCAAAGUAAGUAAAAAAAUAUAUAUUUAUAUUCUGAGUUAAGAAAUUUAUUAAAAAGAUAUUUUUUUCAGUGCGGCCGACCAAUCUUUGCUCAGUUUCGAUGCGUGUAAAGAGGAUAUUCACAAAUAUUGUAAUAAGGUAAAUUUUUUUAAAUUUUUUUAGUGCUUCUAAUUUUUCAAACAAAGUAAAAAAAUUUAGGUUUUUUUCAGGGUAACUAGAAAAAAAUCGAAGAAAAAAAGCUUUUGAAUAGCGACGAUUUUUUUUAGUUAGAAAGUUUUUUUAAAUGCUUGCUUGGUCAAAAAAAGAAAGGUUCUUCUGAUUUCAACGAUCAUAAACUAUUUAAAAAAAUGGAGGAAGUAGAUUAUUUUGUUAUUUCCAAGGGUUUUUUUCGUCAAUUCACAAUUUUGUUGGAAUUUAUUUUGAUAAUGUUUUUUUCACAGAUUUUCUGAGUUUCGAAAAAGUUUUUCCACCCUUUUUUUCAUAAAAUUAGCAAUUUGACAUGUCCUUAAAUAAUCAAUUCUUGUUGUUUAUAGAAAUACAACUUUUUGAAAUGGUAAAAAUCGGUAUCCAUAAGAAAGGUUUUAAAAGCUCUAACAUUUUGUUAAUUUAUAUCAAGGGAAAAAAUUUUUUUCUUGACUUAUGUUUUCUUCAGUUAUUUAUAUCAAAGUUUCAUCAUUUUCAGGACGGAGUCGACUUGAAGAGCGACAUUUCGAUUUUGGAAUGUCUCCAAGACGCCGGUCAAUCGGAAAGCACCACGCUGACCCAACAGUGCGAGAGCCUUGUUUGGGACUUCAAGGUUUAGAUUUUGAACCAAAAAGGAUAGCAAAUGGUUGAUAAGAAGCUCAAAAGCGUGUAAAAAGACCUUUUAAUAUAUUAAACGGGGUACAGUAUUCUCAAAAUUCCUUUUUUGGUUGUUUCAUUUGAAUUUAAGAAGGUCUUGAAGCGAAGAAAAAUUGAAAAAUUACUAAUUUUUCUGUGGAGAAGAACCCUCUAGUGUUUCCACUAACUGUUCCCGGAAAGGUGGAAAAUUUCAUAUUUCGAUAGUCCUUUAGCGCCCAUUUUUCGCCCUAAAUUGACCCGUUUUGCUCCCACUCUCUUUUCUCCUUUUCUUAGUUCUCGCCUUUGAAGUUCUAAGAAAAUUGAAGAGUGUAGAAUGGAAUCUCUCUCACUGUUACUUUGUGCCCGUUUUCGGGACUCUCAACUUUUCCAGGGAUCCUUGAAUUUACUAGAGUAUAAAUUAUUAUAGUUAUAAAAUUAAGGUGAAACUGACACAAGACGACCGUUUCAUCACGGCGGCCAAGCAGUACUGCGAGGCCGAACUGAAAGAACACGCCGGAAUGAGCCAUUGCGUGACCCUGACCGAGCCCGGGUACGCCCUCAGUUGCCUCAUCGACUACGUUCAGAACGUCACCCAGACCUCCAAGUGCUACGCUUUCCUUUGUGGGUUUCUUUUUCCAGCUGUGAAUGAGUUUUCAUAAGAAAGUUUAUAUUUUUUCCCAUAUUCUCGUUUUGUAUUUUGAAGCCGCUUUUAUAGAGUAAGUCACUAACAUCAUGAAAAAGCGGAGAAAAAUCAAAUCCUAAAUAGGAAACUCGUGUCGAUAAACUUAUUUUGCCUAAAUUUCUUUUCUAAAGUACUGAUCGAAUUUUUUUUUUGUGCCAAAGUUUAUAUAUUCCGUAUUAUUUCUUUCCGUCUUCAACAUACAUUGUAUUGCAAAAAAACACUUUUUAAGGUGAAUACUGUAUUCAGAACUACUUACUGAAGUGUUGAAGAAGCUGGUUAUUCAAAAAACACGGGAAACUGUUCAAAAGUUUUCUAAUGAUCGUUUGAGUUCUGCACCAAGGAAUUCUAAGCCUUUGAAUGUACAACAGAAAAAAUUCGAUUCUCUUGAAGUUUUUAAUUUACUUCAUUUUUCAAUUUUACUGAUUUUUUACAACCUUUUUUUUUGAUUUUCAGCCCGAACGGAACGCCUGGCUUUCUCCGAUUUUCGAUUGAUUGGACCUUUUAUCACCAAGUGUCGAUCUGUCUUGGAUCAGUGAGUUUUGAAAAUUUAUUUUGAUAAAAAAAAUUUUUUUUUCCAAACUUUGAGAGAAAUCUGAUAUGAUAAACUUGAGAAUUUAGAGAUGCGUGUUUUUGUGGAAAUAAAUGAUCUAUUUUUUUUAAGAGUAAGUUUCAGGAAAUCAAAUUUUCGCACUUUUCAUCUAGCCUCUAGAAAUUCUGGAAUUUUAAAGACCAAAGAAAAGGUGGAGAAAAGAGGGGGAGCAAAACGGCUCACUAAAGGCCCAUAAAAAAGCGCAAAAAGGCAGCAUAACGGGACCUUUGUCUACCUUUUCAGGAACAGUAGAUGAAAAUCUUAAGAGGUUCCAGAAGGCAGCAUCUAGAAACUUUUUUUCACUUUUUUAACUGAACUUAUAUGGAGUCUGUUAGACUUUUCCAAUGCCCAAGCGCCACAUUUUUCCUGUUUUUCAUUUUUUUUUAAAAUUUUUUUUACCACAAUUUUUUUGAAAAAUUCGCAUAGAGUCAGGUCUUUUAAUCGAAAAAACGCCCUAUUUUGAAGAUACGGCUGCAACACGUUGACGCCGAACGCUGCGCACAAAGGCGUUCGCGUGCCGCACACCCAGGGAAUGGCUCUCGAGUGCAUCCUCGACCGGGUCGUUAAAAACGCCAAAACUCAGGCCGACGCCCUGGCUGCCCUAGGCGAGGACUGCAAACAUGAGGUUUGAAAAAAAGUCAAAAAAAUAAUCAUUGAAAGACAAUAAAUUUGGACUUUAACGAUAAUAAUAGUAUUUUUUUCAAAGGUGAGAUCAAAAUUUAGUAUAAAAUGGGUAAAUAGACGAAAAGGAAGCAGACAAACCUGUGAUAAAUAAAUUAAAGAAAGCUUGGGUGAGAAAAAAAUAGAAGGUUUUUAUGACUUGGGUAGUUUGCAGGUUUCCGAACAAACUUCGAUUUCUUUUUGACCCUUUUGAGCUGAUUUGAGCGCUUUUCAGACUGGAAAAAAAUUUUUUUCAAAAAAGGACCAUGUUCAGAGAAAUAAGGUUAAAAUUAUUUGUUGAAUUGGGUGAACCGCAAAUUUUAGAAUAAAUAUUAAGGAUAGAAUAUAAUUUUUUUAUUCACGGCAAGAUCAAAAAUUCAUGUAAAAAGAAUAGGUAAAGGUGGAAAAAGAAAGUAGAUGAACCUGUAACAGAUAAAUAAAAUGCAAAAAUUAUUUGAUCAACGAGAAGAAAAAUAUUUUUUUCAUCUUUCCAAUCAACUUCUUUCGAAAAAAAUUGAAAUAAACUGUUUGAAACAGAAUAAUUUGAAAUAAAUAUUCGUGGAAAUGUUUUUUUGAAAAAAACUUGGAUUUUUUUCAUGAUCUCCAAUACUUUUUUUAAAAAUCGUAAAACCGCUCAAUAUCAAUUUUUUUCUUCUGAAAUUCAUCUGUAUAUAUUUUUUUCUUAUUUUUUUACUUGAUAGAACUUGACAGUCACAGAUUAGUCUCGAAAUACAACAGCUUUGAAAUUCAAAGAAUAAUUUUCAUUUCUUGUCACAUUUUUUUCGAAAGAACUAUUCGAUUUCGGUUGAAAAUUUCAAAAAAAGAAGUUGACACCUUUGAAACAUGUUUCCGUCGGAAGAUUUAAGUAUUCCUAUUCGUUUGUCUUUCCAGGUUCUCCGAUUGGCUGAAAUGCAAAGUGACGAUUUCCACCUCGACCGUCCUCUCUACUUUUCCUGCCGACAGGAUCGAGAGGUUGAAAAAAAAGAUUAUUCUUGAUGAUUAUUCGGUUUUUUUUCCAGAAAUAUUGUAAAGACGUGCCCUCGGGACAGGGAAAAGUCUUCGAAUGUCUCAUCAUGCACAGAAACGAUCAGUUUAUGGCCCCUGAGGUGCGAUUUUUGGCUGAAAAUUGAUAGAAAAUGAAGAUUUAGUGCUCGAAAUUGCUCGCGGAACGAGCUUAUAUGAUGGGCCGAGACUACCGAAUCGCCCAUCCGCUCACCAAGGCCUGUCAGGCCGAAAUGACCAAGUUUGUUUGAGAUAAUAUCUCUAGGGGUUUUAGUUAGUGGCUACUCUAGGGGAACAUGUCUGCGUCUUUCUGUCAUCUCAUCUUAGGAACGCCAGAGGGGUCUCUAAAGUGGCAACCAUAGGAGUUCUCGCUGGUUCCCUCAAGGGAUCACUUCAAAAUACCAUUUAUUAUAAUCCAAUUUGAAGAGUGAGAGUAAUUGUAAUCUUGUCGAAAGAAUUGAUCAGAAUUUUUGUUUUACAAAAUUUUUAUUUUCCAGAUACAAAUGCGAGCCCCAAUCUCAACUGGAAGCCGCGGCACACUUCCACAUGUCCUGGAUUUUACUCUGCCUGGAAAAUGGAGCCAAUUUGCCAGAGAACCAUGUUGGUAGUUUUAUUUUUCAAGUUAAGAAUAAGAAUGAUCAAAAAUAUAAAGAAGUUUGCGCUGGAAGCUCAAAAUUGGGAUAAUCUUACUUUUUUUUUUUCUUCGUUCUUUAUCUUAUUUUGCUCGGUUUUUCGAUAAAUCAUAUUGAAUGAAGACCGUUGAGAAAGUGGAGAAUCUAAACUAUUGUUUUUCUGGUUUAAAAUACUCUUAAAUAAGUGCGGAAUUUCUAUGACCAUUUCGGAUUUUUUAGGUUCAAACUCUCCCUUUGCUUCAUAAUAGAACGACUAAGGUCAUUGUGAAAUCGAAAAGUCUAUGAAGCUUCUUCAUCGUUUUCAUCCCUUCCCGAUCCGUUGACCACUAGAUUCAAUUAUUUCCAGGAGAAUGGUCCCUCGAAAGAAUGCGGCCACGAAAUGUUGACCCAUCGACAAAUGAUGAUGCAGCACUUCCAAAUGGCCCCCGAGAUCGUCAUGCAAUGUGCCCAGGUGCCUCCAUUUCUCAUCAAAACCGUGAAUAAUGAUAAUUUCUCUAGGAAAUUGACAAAUGGUGCAGUCCAAGGGGAGACAUCGAAGCCGAAGGAAGGACGAUGCAUUGCUUGAUGGGCCAUGCUCAGGUGGGAGAUGAUGCGCUCUAUGGAUGAAUUUUCUGAUUGUCGUUUAAUAGAGACUUGUAAUAAUGAUUUGAGGAUAAUUACGGGGGAUUAAAUGUUUUCGAGUCAUUUAGUGAUCGCUUGAGAGUUUUUAGCGCCUUUUAAGUGGUAACUUUAAAUUAUAGUUUUAGAAACACUCCUGGUCUAUUGAAACUUUUCGAGUCAUUUAGGGAUCACUUAAGUGAUUUCAGCGUUUUUUUAGCGCUUCUUAGAUUUGUAUCUGGAGGAAAAUUUCUGGUUUAUUGCAAGUUUUUUCGAGUCGUUUGGGGAUCACUUAAGGGAUUUCAGUGCCUUUAUAGGGCUCCCUUAAAAUUACAGGGUCGUACAGUACCCUUAAUAAACGUUUGAAUGUACAAAAAAUGGCUUAAAGACAAAAAGUGUGUCCGUUUAGAGAAAACUUGUAAAGUUUUCUGCAUUUGCCGAGCUAUAUUUCAGAAUUUUCGUCUCUUUAAAGCAAAAUUCGAGAGAAAAUAUGCUUCUAAAGUACGAAAUUCGAACUUUUUCAGUCUCGAAACGAAACAGAAAAGCUAGGAGCUCAGUGUCAGCAAGCAUUGGCCAAUGUCGUCAAGGUGAGAUUCAAAAAAAGACAACGUAGAAAGAGUUAUGAGCUGGUUUUGAGGCGGCCGACAUUGGACGUAACUACAAGGUCGACACGGUCCUUUACGGCUCCUGCCGGGCUCUGAUCGACGGCCCCUGCGCCCAGGACGCCGUCUCCGAAAUGGCCACCCUGACCUGUCUGAUGCGUCACGUCGACAACUCGGACAUGAGCAAAGACUGCGAGAAGAGGCUCCUCGAGGUCCAGUACUUCCUGUCCCGAGACUGGACCCUCGAGCCGCAGCUCUAUGAGGCCUGCCACGCCGAGGCUGUCAGUCGGUGAGUUUUGUGAGGCAGUGGAAGGUGUAGAGCUUGAAAAAAACUCCCCCUCAUUAAAAAACGACCGGUUGGAAAGUUUAGCUCCUUUAAAAAAUGGCCAGUUGUGAAGUUUCCAACCCCCCACCCAUCUGUUUGAAAAAAAUAGCCAGUUUGAAGGUCCAGAUGAAAACUUUAAAACUCCCCCUUAAAAUAAUGUCCAGUUUAAAAGUCCCCCUUUCCUUGGAAAAAGUCCAGUUAAAAAAAUAUUUUAAAGACCCCUCCCCUCCCUGAAAAAAAGUGACCAGCUGAAAACUUUAAGACUCCCCCGCUUUAAAAAAAUAGCCAGUCGAAAAGCUCCCCCCCGCUUCAAAAAAAUGGCCAAUCGAAAAGCUCUCCCCCUUCCUUGAAGAUUACAGUUGGAAAUUUUAGGAUCCGUCACCCAAGCGCUCCCCCUCCACCACUGAAAACAAUGACUAGUUGAAAGUCUUUUUCUUUGUUUUAAGUGUAUUCUUCCUCAAAUAUUCUCUUUUCCAGAUGCUCUGCGAUCGACAACUGGCAUCUGCAGAACAACGCGGCCAAUAAGGUCGAUCCAGGACCGCAAGUCCUUGCCUGCUUGUACCGCAGCGCCUACGAUGAGUACAAUCCGGUAAAUCUCGAAAAAUAGAGCUCUCUUCUGUUGAAAAAUGAACUUUCUCAGCUCUCCAUCCCCUGCGGCCAACAAGUCCGACAGCUUCUCCACAUGCGCGCCGCCCGUGUCAACCUGAUCCCGGAGAUUGAAGAUUCUUGCCGCGAAGCCCUCUCCGAGUUCUGCUCCAACAAUGUCAAGCCCAUGGAGGUACUGGAGAUGAUCAUCUCAGCCUUGUAACAAAGAUUAUUCUAUCAGGAAAUGAUGUGUCUCCAAGAGAACUUUGAGAAGGACGUCUUCAAGAAGAAGUACGAGCACUGCCAUAGGGAACUCGUCCGAUUCACCGAAAUGGAGGCGAAGGUAAAAAAAAUUGGUAGCUUUAGAAAAUCAAACAUUGCUAGUGAAGUUUUUCAAACUACACAGAGUUGUGUUAAACUUGGGAAGGGGUCACUAAAGGGGUUAGGAAUGAAAAAAGUCUUGUAGAAGGUUACAAAGACAAUUGAAAAAAACUGGGAGAAAACAAUUUUAUUAGAAAAUUGUUCAAAUUGCAAAAAAAAUUUAGACACCUAGGAAUGCCACAGUAGUCACUAGAAGGGUUUGGAAAGAAAACAGUCUUCAAAAAAAAAAAGAUUGGAACCACUGGAAAAUCAAUUGCAAGAGAAGCUUUUCAAGUUUGAAAAAGAAAGUGAGGAACUGAAGAGGGGUCACUAGAGGGGUGAGGAUCGAAAAUAGUCUUCAUAGAAAGUUAAAAAAUGAACUGAAGUUCUAGGAAAUCAUUUAUUUCAAGAGUUCUUCAAACUAAAAAAGUAUUGUAAAAAUUUAAAGAAUACCUGAGUUGUCACUAGGGGGUUAGGGGGAAAAAGCCCCUAUAGUGGACUAAAUAGAGGCCUAAAUUUUGGGUGGUCACUAUAGGAGUUUGGGGUCUGAUCACUCUGACCACUUUUACAAGCUUUAGUGCCUCAAGAGACGGAGGUAAGGCAGUUCCUUUAAGAGAACUUACAAGAGCCCCAAGGUUACCCCUUUAGUGGCCACUGUGGUGUUCCGAAGAAUGCGCGCCUUUGCGGUCGAAAAUGAAGUUUAUUUGUGAGUUCACAAAUACUUGCGUCCGACCUUUGCCGACUUUUUUCUGAGGCUUAAGAAUGCCACCUAGCGCUAGUAGUUUCAGGUCGGGAACUGUUUAAGGGCUAGAUCAAACAUUUUUAUUCAUUUUUUUUCAGGACACAAAAUUGAACCGAGCACUGACCAAAGCGUGCAAACCAGUUAUUUCGACGCACUGCGAACAAUUCGCCAAUGAAGAAAUCGACCAUGGAGACGUCUUGGAAUGUCUUCUCAGGAAUAAGGUUCGAACUUCUUGUGGAUUUAAGGGUUCUCAGAUUUUCGAACAAAGUUUAAUUUUUACCUCCCUGUCGACAAAAAUAUUUAAAAUAAGAUUGCAUCGAUUUUAUUUCUGUUGAUAGCGCAUUUAGUAGGCAGUUUUAACUAUUUUCAGUCAAUUUCACGCUUUUUCUGACUCCUGGAGUGUAUUCUAGUGGAUAUUAGCCUUUGUGAACCUUUUCUAUGAAUUUGAGUUUUUACGAAUUUUUAUCAGCUUUUUCAGGUUGAUAGGGCUUCUAGCUAGUUGAGAAUUCAUUCAGGCAAUUUCUGGAAGGAAGAUUUAGAAAACAGGAAGCAUUUUAUAGGUAAUUUCGACUAUUUUCAGUCAAUUUCACGCCUUUUCUGACUACUGGAGUGUACUCUAGUGGAUAUUUGCCUUUGUGAACCUUUUUUUCUGUGAAUUUGAGUUCUUAUGAAUUUUUUAUCAGCGUUUCCAGGUGGAUAGGACUUCUAGCUAGGUAAGAAUUUGCUCAGGAAAUUUUUGAAAGAACAAGAAUAUUUGCGCUAAAAUCAAGAUUUAUACCCAUGGAAAAAAAAUCCAGAAUUUGAAAAGUUUUUUGAGGGAAUUUAUUUUUAGAACACCCCAGAAAUGACGCCAAAAUGCCGAUCCUACGUGAAUCACUUUGAGCUCAUCUCCAUGAGAGACUAUCAUUUCAAUUAUCGAUUCGAAAAGGCCUGCAAAGCGGACAUUGAACUGAACUGCAAAGAUCACGGCAAUGACAAGUGGGUGAUAAAGGAGGAAAUCGGGACUUAUUCGGUUUUUCCAGGGGCGAAAUCAUCCGAUGCUUGUCUGAGGUCCGGUUCGAACACAAGGUAACUUUUCUCCAUUAUUUUUGGAAAAUUAGAAGUACAAGUGAACUGACUUCAAUAUGAAAGAACAGAAAUUAAAGAAGACAUUGAUUUUUCGAGAAAAAAAGUUUUAAAAAAAUCCUCUUUUAAUUGUUUUUAGAGCAACUGGAUACUCAAAAGUUAUAUUUUGAAUGUAAUUGAACAGAAAAAUUUUUUUAUUUUUCGAGAAAAUUUUCCUCAAAAAAAUCCUCAUCUUUUUGUGCUUCAAGUAAAUUUUUUUCAUUCUUUGGAAAAAUUACAAUCUCACAGAAACUUCUUCGAAUAAAAAAAUAGCACAGCUUUUUUUGAAAAAAAGCUUAAAAAGAAAAAAAUCUUUUUUUCGAAAAAAAGUUUCAAAAACUCUCCUUUUUUUGUGUUUUUUUGAACGCAAGGUUACUUCUUUUUCGAUUCUUUUUGCCAUUUUUUUCAAAUAAUUGAAAAAUUCAUGAGAAUUAGUUCAGACAUAAAAGUAAGGAAAUUCAAAAAAGAAAAAUAUUUCCCGAUAAAAUGUGUAGAAAGUCCUUAUGUUUUCGUCUUUCGGAAAAAAAAGGUAACCUUUUUUCAAUUUAUGCCAUCAUUUUCAGCAAAAAUAUAUAUUUGCGGAAACUAUUUUAAUCAUAAUAGCACAGUUAGUAAAAAAACUCAUUUUUUUGAGAACAAAGUUUGAAAAAAAUUUCUUUGAAAAAGUUUUAAAAAGUGAUCAUAUUUUUCAGUCAAAGGGUAAUUUUUUUCAUUUUUUUGCUCACCUUUUUUUCGAAAAAAAUUUAAAAUUUAGAAAAACUAAACAUGGACGAUAGAAUGUAACUUCAUUUGAAAUUUAAUUUAUUUUUCAAAGAAAAGUUUUAAAAAAACUCACUUUGAGCUAUUCAUAGCGUUAAAACUUGAUUACUCCACAUCGACAUUUAAAAAAAUUUCCUCUUUUUUUCUUCCUUUUAUUACUUAAUUGAAACCUACAAUAGCUUGGAACUGUCGAACUAUUUCGUUUGAUGGAAAUUUUUUUCCACUUUGAAAAAUUUCUAGUUUUAAUUUGGUUGUAAAAAAAGUUAGUAGUUGACAAAAUUUUAAAAAAAGUACAUCUAGAAAACGUUCUGGAAAUGAUAUUUUUCUGUUAGAGGUUCAUCGAAAGUUUAGUAAAUAAUUGAUUUGAGGUGCUGGGGACGGCAAAAGAUUUGUCAGACGCGUGCCGGAAGCAGCUGAAAGUGGCCUAUCUCCAACAAGAACAGGUAGAAGUGAGUGUCGUCGUGGUACUAUUUAUCCACCAUGUUCGACUUUUGCUUGGGGGCAGCAUGUUUUUCUUAGGAAAAUGUUUAAUUUUUGCGGUUUUCAUGGUAUUUUGCAAGUUUUCGGGUAUUUCUAUCCUUUUUUCGCGCUGUCUAAAGCUUUAGGGUCGGGAGAAUAUGAUACAAUGAUUUGAUUUUUUUUCAGGUCUGGCCUUAUUUUUUUAGUUGAUUUUUUUGUUCCAUAAAAAAAAAAAAAUUUCUUUCCGUUUUAAACGAGUUUUCACUCCAAAGUGGAAUCCAAAACUUUUUUUUGGGUAGUUUUGGGCAGAAUUUGUUUGCUCGAUCUUAAUUCGAAGCUCCUUUUGGCGAAAUUCGAAGAAAACAUGAAGUUUAGCAAAAAAAAAAAGUCCUUUCCUUUUUUACAGUUUUCAUGAUUUUGAGACCUUUUUUUCACUCCCCUUGAUUUUUAGCCGUUUCUGCACAACUAACAACUUGUAACCCCGGUAUUGAUUGAUUAACAAAAAUCAUGGGAUUUUUGGAUUGUUUUAUGACGCUCUCAUUUGGCAUGAACAGAUCGGAAUAAGAGUUAUGUCUUCGAAAUGAAAAAAAAAAAUUAGAACGACCAGUUUCAUAAAUUUUUUUUGAAUUAAAUCAGAUAUAACGUCCAAUUGAACCUAGGACGGGAAAUCCAUGAAAUCAGGUUCUUUGAGUUUUUUUUUCAGAUUUUUUCAGCUAUUUUUAAUAAACAGAACUUUGCAAAAUACGCAAAUUAUGACGAAAAAGGGCUACUUUCAGCUUUCGAAGUGUCUCAGCUCGAAAAAAUGAUCUAUUGCUAGAAAAUUUUUUCUUGUUCUGAAAACAGGAGUUAUUAAAAUACACUUUAGCCAAGUUUCAUCAGAAGAUUAACCGGGGGCUCAAAAACGUUCUUUAGUCAGGAUUUCGAGCUAUUUGGAAAUUAUGGGGAUUUUUGUUUUCUACGGGAAAUUUUUUAAAUAAUAUUAAUUUGUAAAUUUUUAAAGAAGUUUGGGUGCUGACUUUUUAUAUAAAACUUUUUUUCACUUUUCUUUUAACCAAGGCUUCUAGAAACUAAUAACCUUUCACGAUUAUUUUCCCAAUAAAACCUAAUUGACUAAUCGGGAUAGGUCGGCUGAGCAUUGAGCAAAAGUUGAAUGUGUAAAAACGACCCAGUAGCUUUCAGAUUUUAUUGGCUGCUGUUUUCAGUUCGACGACAAGGAGCACAUGUCCGAGGCGGAUCCGAAACUCUCGGAAAAAUGCUCCAGAGAAAUCGUUCAGUUCAAGUGCGAUCACGCCGACACCUUCGAGGAUACCGUCGAGUGCCUUCGGCUCAACUUUGAGCAAUUGGGUGGGUUUUAGAUAGUGUAGAGGAUUUAGAGACGCAGAGAGUAAAAUUCAAGAUCUUGAAGGUUUAGAACUAUAUGAUUUCCGAGGACAAUCUUUCGAUAAGUUUCGAAAAUUCUCGGUAACGCAACCGGAUGUUUCUGAGCAUUUCCAGUGAUCACUUAAGAACUCUGACACCGCUAAAGAGGUCACUUGAAAGAAUAAAGUUUCAGUUUGCGUUACGUUGUUCAGAGUUUAUAGAGAGUGUAGGGAAGAGAGAGAGACCUAGAGAAAAUGUAAUUUAUUUUGAUUUUGCGUUUGGAGGCUUUUCUAGUACAUUAAGUGAAAUUUUGAACAUGUUUUAGAGACCAUGGAGAUCGCGAAGACGCAGAGAAAAAAAAAAUAAAAAUUUAUUGGAAUUUCAUGUGAUUUCCGAGUUAUUAUACUUUCACUUUAAAUUUGAUAGCUCAAUGUAGAUUAAUUAAGAGUGUUUGGAAAAUGAGAGACGCAGAGAUCGAAAGAGAAUAAAGGCCGUUUUUCCUGGUAUGGGUAUGUAGUUUAAUAUACAGUUCUAAUGGGCGAAAUUUCUUAGUAGUGGAGAAAAUAAGAUUUUUCUUGUUAUUUAGCUUAGUGACCAACUUGUGGAAAGACUAAAAUAGUAUGAAAUACGAAGAGACGCAGAGAUAAAUUCAUAAGGAUUGUCAGAAAACCUAGGAAGAACAAGACAAUUAGAAAAGUAUAGUCCGUUCGCCGCGACUUGACACUUUUCGAGUGUCUGCGUCUCUCUGUUCUCUCACCGGCGAGGUCACACAAAAUGGAAAUCGCCGGUCAACAUGAGAGACACGUCGAGAGAUAAGGAGGGCGCAGAGAAAACACGCCUUUUCAAGUUGCGAAAAACGGACUAUAGAGAAAAAGGGUUGAAGGAUUGAAAACUUUUCUGAUUUUUUUUUCAUGAUAUCCUUUUUCUUCAAACAAAACUUUCAAAGACAAUCUACAGGCCCUGAAUGCAAGUCGAUGGUGUUCUACCGCGAAAAGAUCGAGGCGGUCGACAACUCGAUGGACGACGAGCUUCAACGCAAGUGCAAGUACGACCUCGGCAAGUUUUGCCCCAACAGCGACCCGGAACACGUCCUCGAAUGCCUCACCAACUCGAAGAUCGUCCGGCUCCUCCAGCGCGAAUGCAAGGCCAUCGUCAAGGUCUCCAGAAGAUGUAGAUGAUCCGUAGCAACUCGAAAGUGUUCAGGAGCGAAUGCAAGAAGCGGCUCGAGACGUUCGCCUUCGACCCGGUCUUCUGAACGCCUGCCGCAAGGAGGCGGAGACUUAGUUAGUAGAUAAGAGCUAGGAUAAAUUUUCAGGUGUAAAAGGCAGAUAUGAUAGUAAUUUUCGUGGUAGGAAAUUUUGAAACAAAAAAAAAGAAACCGUUAUAGUCCGUUCCCAAAAAAAUUAAAAACUUCUAAUCUUUUUUUUUUUUCAAAACGAAACGAAAUCGAGGUUCAAAUUUUUUUCGUAGUCUUAAUAUAUUUCUUCGCUACUUUCUUCUGUUCAUUUUCUAUUUUCUUGCUUGCCCAACCUUUUCGCUGAGAGACAAGAAAGCGCAGACAGGUCAAACUGUUCAAAAUCCCGCGAAUGACCAUAAAGAAUCCUAGAAAACCUUUUCCGAAAAAUAACAGACGAAAGCUUAAAAACUGCUUUUCCUUAGAUUUUUCGAUGAGACGAGCUUUUUUUGUGUUGCACAUUAUCAGAUCGAGAGUUUUUCAAAGCCUCAAAGAGUCCAAAUAAACCUGUUUUUUUUCAACAAAUUUUCGCUUUUUCUUGAAAUUUUUUUUUGGGCGUCCUAGGAACAUUUUCCAUAAAAUUUUGGACCAGAUUGUACACUCAUUUAAAAAAAUUUGAGAUUUUUUUAGUUUUCCUGUAGAUAUGAAGAAGCUGAAAAAGCCCAAUUAAAGCAGUUUCUGAGCUUUUUUAUUUUAACAGGCGUUCCUUCGGGAGCUGUGUUCAUUAAGCAGAUAAUCCUUUUAUUCGAGGUUUUUCUUCUGGGACUACUCAAUACAAAAAGCUUUGCACCAGAUAUACCGUUUCCACCUUCGACUCUUUCCUUAUGAGGUUCGUAGUUGUAAAAUUCGAACAUUUCAGCUGUCCCGAUGACAUGAAGAAGCUGAACAUGCCGCAGUACUCGCAGCAGGUCUUGGACGGCGUCGUCGUGUCCUGUCUCCGCGACAAGUUCCGACAGUCGAUUUCCGACAAAUCGCAGAUCAACUUCUCGCAGCAGUGUACGCAUGAGGUGCUGCUUCAGAUCAAUCCAUGAGAUUUUUCCAAAAAAAAAUUUCGUCAAUUUCAUUCUAACGAUCAAAAGUCUCACCACAAAAAAACUUCAAAUGUGCUAUGAGAAACGGCAAGGUCACUGAGAAAAUGGAAAGUGACCGCUUGAGUGAUUUUUUUUCCCAAGAACCAGAACACCAUUCAAAAAAAGUAGUGGAAAAUAGAUUCAGCUCUUUUUCGAGUUGUUGCCAUUAAAAAGGAAACUUUUCCUUUUUUUAAAAUUCACUCAACGGAUAUUUUCGUUCCGAUUAGCAUACUGUAGGUUCUAUUUGUGCAUACACUGGUUACGUUUUUUUGGGCGAAAACUUUUUAAAAAUGAUUUUUUUUUUUUUGUAUGGUAAAGAAGAAUACACAACCAGUAACUCUCACGAACAGAAAUUUUAAAAAACUGGCGCAUUCGGAAAAUCCGUUUUUUUUCUCACGAAAAGAUUUAAUAUUUUUGAUGACUCAACCUUUUAAAGAGGACUGAUUUUAAUUUAUCGAUUAGAAAAGUGGAUAGAAAAUCUUUAAUUUGGUCAGCGUACUAGAAUGUCCUUAGCUCACAACGGAUCUUUUCUUUCCAAUUAGCAUACUGUAGGUUCAAUUUGUGCAUACACCGAGGUCGUUUUUUGGGCGAAAACUUUUUAAAAAUGAUUUUUUUGUAUGUGAAAAAAAGAGUACACAAUCAAAAAUCUCGCACGAACAGAAAUUAAAAAAAUUAACCUAUUUUUGAAAAAUGCGUUUUUUUCUCACGGAAAAACUUGAAUAUUUUUUUGAGGACUCAACCUUUCAUAGAGGUUUAUUUAUCGACUAAAAAAAUACCAGAAUUUUUCUCGCCCAGUUCUGAUUAUCCUAUUUUCAAGAUCAGAAUUCCAUCAUUUUAUCAAAAAUUCUGUUUGUAAGGUUUCGCGGACGAUCGUCGAAGCCGAAUUGGACCCAAAACUCGACCCUCCGCUCUACAAUGCCUGCAAAAGCGUAAUCUCGCUCCACUGCUCGGAAGCUGUCAUCGCCUCGGUAGAGCGCACUUUCUCCUUUUUCAUCUUGUUGAUUAAUCUUCAGGGUGGUCAUUUCGAAAAUGUGCUCGAAUGCUUGAAGGCCGACUUUUAUAAGAAUGCGAUCUCCAACAAGGAGUGCAACGAGCAGGUAAAAUGACCAAGAGUUCUUUAAAAUGUAAAAAGUAAUUUUUUUAAACUCUAUAAAAAAAUGAAUAGAUCAACUUGCGCGUUCAGAAAACUUUCAAAAACUGAAUUUUGGACCGUAAUUUGAUCAGGUAAUCACUUUGACAUGGUAAAAAAAAUUUGGAAAAAACUUUAGAUUUAUUUUCGUGUUUUUGUUCCGUUCUAUCUUACAGGCCCGAAAGCCUGGGUCGGCCUGAACCGGGCUUUGGGCUUCAUUCUUGAGGGGCUUGGGCCCAAAAUUUUUUUGUGAUUUCAUUAAAAAAACAUUUUCAUCGAAAAAUUCUUUUUACUUGUUAAAUCAUAGUUUAACUAAGAAAACUAAGAAAAUGCUUAUAUUCAUUCGGCUUGAAGAAAAUAUGAGCUUUACGGGCCAGGCCGUCCAUUUUUGCUUGAGGCUUCCCUAGGGUCGGGCCGGGCCUAAAAAAUGGCCGGAGGGCCGAUAGGCUGACGGGCCGCCACACAACUAUCGUAGAAGAAAAGUUAUGAUAUAGUUCAAAGUUCAAAAACAUGAGUUAAGUUGGCCCGAAGAACGCAAGAAGCCCUGGUGGACAUUCACCUGGAUCCCUCGCUCCAUGAAGCUUGCGCCGUCGAUAUUCAGCGACUUUGUGCCGAAGUUCCGCCUGGACACAGUCGCAGUGAGUUUUGAGUAAAGAAAACGAAGGAAAACGGUAAAAAACAUGGUCCAUUUGAUAGUUUUUGCUUUGAGAGUCAGUCAAUAUUUUAGUUGAAGGGAAGGAUUUUUGAAUGGAUAGCUAAGAAAAAUCGCAUUUUAGCUUUUUGUUUCAUUCAAAAGAUGAAAAUGAGGAGAAUAAAAAAAUAAAAUUCCUUUAGACGUGGGAGUUUCAGCGUCAGUUUUGAGCCUAAAAAUAUCCUAGUGGCUGAUUUCAAACAGUCAAAAUAAAGUUAUAGUCAAAGAAAAAUCUAGGUUCACAGUUUUUUUGUGAUUAAAAGGAAGUUUUUUGAGAAAGAAAGGAUAAAAGAUGCCUUGAACUACGUGGCAUCCACUGAUUCUUUGUCCUACCGGAACUUAAUUUCUCACCCUUUUUUCAGGAUUUCAAACUUGUAUCUACAGUUUUUAAUUCACAUUUGUUUCACAAGUAUUAACUUCAUGUAAUUUCUAGUAUACUGUUUGAAAUUUCAUCAUGAACUGUGCCUCGAAUUUUCUUUAAGACGUUAAAAAUCGGAUUUGAAGUAUUGAAAUAUGCUUUUUUGGCUGUUCGGCUAUUCCGUCCAUGGGACCCUUAGUUUCCUUUUUAACUAGUAUUCUUUUUCUACUUUGUCAAUACAUUGUUGAAAGAAACGCCAAUUUUUUCCAGUCAUUAUGUGCUUGAUGAACGCCGCCGACAACUCCAAUGCUCACAUGAGCCAACACUGCCGCGCCAAGCUUGAAGAUCGCAACAAGUUGUGGAUGAAGGCUCAUGCGGUAGGUUGGAAAAAAGACCUUUUUUAAUGAUUUGAUAGUAAGAUUUAGGGUUUCUUCAGUGGAAUUUUGAUGAACUCGUUCUUGAAACGAGAUUCAUCUAUUCUUGAACAUACCUGAUUUUUUAGGAAAAAUGCAAAAAAGAUUUACCCUCGACAAGAAUCGAACCUACUUGAAAAAGUUAAUUAUAUGAUUGCUCCUCUAACCAAUGCGCCAGGCCACCUCGAUGAGAAGCGCUUAGAGGUUUCUUGGAUCUCUUUGAGAAGCUUUUUUUUAAGAAGCCUGUGGGAUUUAGCAGAUAAUCUCUUUUGUUUCUAAGAGCGCUUACCCAAUUCUAUAAACCACUGUAGUUUCAACUUGAUACGAAUACUCGAAACCGAGUAGUUCCCUAGUUAAGAUCUCUCAAAAAAAAUUUGGCUGAGAGCAGCUUCUGAGCCUUUUUUAGAUGUUUUUUCAAAAAAGAGUGUUUAGGAAUACCAAAUGGCGAUGCCGGAGACGUGGCACGACCUGGCGACGUUGGUGAUGGAACACCCGCAAAAAGUCUCCAUCCUCGGAUAUCUGGGCGCCUUCGUCCUUUUGAUCUUGUUCAUUGGUUGCUGCUGCGGCCGCGCCACCAAACGGGUCCAUCAGGAGCUCAAAAAUCGAUAAAUAAUAGAUUGUACUGGGGAAUCAGCUGUUGAGUUGUAUUUUUGAAAACAUUUAUAGCUAAAAAACAAGUAACAAAAAAGAUGGAUUAGAGCGCCUGGUGAGACGCCAGAGAAUUUAGUCGUUCUGUUUUCUCUGGCGUCUCUUCAAUCUGCCCUAUCUCUAAAUAUUAUCGGAAAAAGAAGACAAUUUUGAUUGAAAGGGAUCAACAGCGGUCGAAGAGACACCAGAGAAAAAAAAUAAGAUCCUCUUUCUCAGCUGUCUCUUCAGGCUGCCUGAUCUCUUGUUCUAUUAAAGUUGGUACUGCAGAAAAUAAAAAGAUUCCACAGCCUUUCCCCACUUGACCAUAUCAGUAUUGCCACUAAAUUCUUCCUGUCCUAAUAUAUUUUUAUUCAUUUAGCCGCAUUUAUUUUCUUUUUUCUUUUUUCAAGUGAAAAAAAAAGUUUAAAGGCGCAUAAAGGAGCCUGCGCCUUUAAAUUAUCAAAGACUAGAGCGAUUUUGUUGAAUUUUUCAUACUCAGAGGCCGGUUUUUGAUCAAUCAAAAGUUGAACUAUAUAAUCAAUUUGCGUAAUAAUACUUGGUGAUUUGUUCCUUGUUAAAUCGAAUAGAAAUAAGUGUUUUUUUUAUUGUAAGUAAAUCGGGUUUUUCUUUUUCAGCUUAAUUUUUGAAAAAAAAAAUGGGAUACUUCUUUCUAAUAGAAUGGUUGUGUGUGCGUGUUUUAUUCUCCUAUUUUCUUUGUUUUCUUUUCUUUUUUCUCGACGGCUGUGAUCUUAUUUAUUUCCUUUUUAUUUGAACUAUUUUCCCUUCUGUUGUUUGAUGGUAUAAAUUAUUUUAUAUUUGAAAGAAAAAAGAGAACUUUGAAAGGAAAUCGAAUUGAAGUUUUCAGAGAGAACGUUACUUUUUUAUGGAUGUUUUUACAGGAAUUAACGUCGUUUUAGGAAAGAUAAUUAAUUUCUGCGUAAAAUGAGACUCAUUGUUUCUUGGUCCGCCUUUUGGAUCCGUUGCUCCACUCGUCUCUGCUUGGUUUGUGGCUUUUGACUUUUUUUUUUCAAAAUAAGUUUCUUUUUCAAAAUAAGAUUGAUGAUUUUAAAAAUAUAUUGGAGGUUAUGACAGGAUGUCAAAAAAAAAAUCAGCAAUAUUGACAUUUUUCUGCGUUUACAAAAAGUUGUGCAGGUUCGGUUUUUGUUGAAGGAUCACGCAGAAGUUUUUUUUAAAAUUUCAUCAAGUCAAUUAUUUUUUUAACUUUUUUUCAAAAAAAUGUUCCUUCAAACACCAUCCACAGAUUCACACUUUCAGGAAUAUUUUUUUUGUUUCCUUUAUUUUUUUAGUAGAAUCGUGAUAAAGUUAUUACCGAAAAUAUGUAGAAUUCGACACGUACAAAAAAACGCGAGGUCUCAUUAAAAAAAUUUCUUUUAAUUUUUAAAUCAUAGUCUUUGUUGAACUCCUAGUAAAAAAAUAAGCAAAAACGUGACUUUUUUGAAAAAAGUUAAGCUUUUUGUGACGGGCCGGCCAUUUUUCUUGAGGCCCCGCUAAGGCCGAGGCGGGCCGGCCCUCGCACAAACCUGCUCUUACCCCCUGCCAGCACCGAAAGCUGACGCUCGGCACGGGCUUGCAAUAAACCAUCUCAAGGAGUCUGUUCAACACCAAAAUUAUCAUGGAAAAGGCUGAAAACCGAACUUCGUUCCAUUACAAACCGGAUUCUCUCUUCCAAUGUCACGUUGUUUCCUUUUCCGAUAAAGUUGAUAGAAUUAUAAUAUCCAAAGAUUCUUUCUAUAUAUAUUUCAAGAGAAGUUUAGAAUAUUUUAUGAAAUUUAGGUAAAAUGUCGGUUACCGUAAUCCUCCGCCACAGUGCGGACCCCGAUCGACAGCUUAUUAUUCGCAACACGACUUGUCACGAUGUCGUCGUCAAGGUCUCCCUUGUAUAAAAUAAUUUCGAUAAGCUCGAUUUUUCCAGUUUGUCAACCGCUCAGGAAUCGUGCAUAUUCAACGCAAAAAGUUGGUUUACGUGUGAAAAGUCCAAGUGACCUCUUAAGGGCCUUAAAUUGGGGACAAAAACUCAUUCUUAAGCUUCUGAAAAGGUGCAAAAAAUCUUCUAAUCUUCUUUUUAGUCGUCUUUUCAAAAAAAAAAGGACCUUUUCGAAACGUUCCGUGAUACUCUUCUCGCAUGCUGAGCAGGUGUCUCAGCGGGUGUGCCCGUAUUAAACCCGUGUUUCUGAGGUUAUUUUAGUCUCAGUUGGGCUAAAACGGGGAAACAACGGGUGUAAGAAAAAUAUGUAACCCAGCUGUGGGGCUGGGCUUAUACGGGUUUAAUACGGGGGCACCCGCGGAGACCCCGUGUUAGCACGGCUGGGUUACACUGCUCAGCAUUCGAGUUCUUCCCAACACCUUCUCAUUUCUUCUUUCGGAAAUGCCCUUUUUUAGAAGCUAGGAAGACUUUCUAAAAGUCCUUUUUAGGUCUUUUUUCGAAAUUGGCUUGUUUUUUGCCCGUUUUUUUCUUAUUUUUCAAGUUUUCUUUGACCAUUUUGAUUCAAUUCAUAUUAUUAAAUCAAUUUUUCUCUCAUUUUCAAACUCGUCCCUGCGAUUUUCAAUUUCAGUGCCCUGGUCCUGGCCGGAAAGUACAUCGUUCUAACUUUCACGGCACCGAGUAGUUUGAGAAAAGUGGUGGGUUUCAUUGAAAUAUCCGAGUUUUUAUCAUUAUUUUGGACUUCAGAAAGACGCGGCCGACAUUCAGAUUUAUGCGCGUCCCAUCACUUCGUUUAACAAGUGAGAAAAAAUAUUUUGAUUCUAAAAAAAUUAAGUUUUGGGUUCAAAAAAAAACCUAUUUUGAGGCGUUUGCUCGCGAAAAACGUUUGAGAUUGUUCUCAAUGAAACUGACUUCAAGAAAAUAUGGGAACAAAUUUUUUAGAAGGAAAUUUUACAAUUGAACAGAAAAAAAGGAUAAAAAAACAGACAUUUUUCAUAACUUUGAGUCCCUAAAAAAAUGGGCCAAAAAAAGUCUUUCCCAGCUUUUUUUCAAAAAAAGUAAAACUGUAUUUAGAUUUUUUUAACUUUUCCUUUUUUUGCAUCUUCUGACUUCAUCGUGAGUUUGAAUCAAUAUUUUUUUGAAAAAAAUUUUUUUCCAAAAAAACAUCCAUCAUUGACCGAGAUUCAUAUAUUAAAAAAAUAAUGGAUUCCAAAGAUUGGGAAUCGUUCAAUUGAUUGGAAAAUUUGGCUUAAAAACGGCGGGUUUCAAAGAUUUAUGGAGAAAAAAAAAAGAUUUUUUUUUGUUCAAUUAUGGAUUUAUGUGACGUCAAGAAGUAACGUUUUAGAAUUAUUGGGAACUAUUAAUAAUUUCAAAAUUUAAUAGACAUGAUCUCCGAUCGUGGCUGGAGAGCGGAGCAUCGGAAAAAGAGCACCGACACGUCGAAACCCUUCAUUUCGUCGCCGACGAGUCGUCGUUCGCAGCCAACAAAGUGAACACCCAAAGAUUCUCUGGGAAAUAACAGCUUCCAGGUGAUAAUCGACCUUCCCGGCAAGGCCUCUCUCGUGGAGUCCGUCCCACGGGCUUGUUUCGCCGAUGAACGGACUCGACAACUCGCCGAAGCCGGUUAGGGAACAGUUUUCAGGGGCUAUAGUCUAUUAAGCAAUGGCUUGAGACUGAAAAUAAUCAGUUUUGAUAUAGAACAACCGUGUCUUCUUUUUUUUAAAGUAUAGUUAUUUUUGCAGAUAAAUUGCCAAAGAGGGCUUGGAAAAAGUUUUUAAAGGGUACAGAUCGUUUACUUGAAAAUGAAACUACGCGAGUUAAAAAAAACCGAGUUUAAUCUCAGAAAAUCGAAGGUAACACUGUAAAUGCUGUACACACUUUUUGGUAUUUCCCAAGGCCAUUUCUUGAAAAUUCCCCAGAAAAAAUGGGAACUAAAACCACGGCGUUUGUUCCGCAGGGACACUCGCGCUAAAUCGCAGAAUAUUUCAAUUUUUUGAAAAUCUUGGUCGUUUUCUGAUCAAGGCGCGGCUUAAUUCUCAAUAUCCGUCUUUCAAUUUUGAAAAAAAUCGUUUGUCUAUUUUUUUUUCCUUGACCAGCCUUGUCCAAGCUGGCUCGAAGAAGGAUAAGAAUUUCAAAGUAAAGAGCGCUUUAGAGGUCGUUUUUAUGACUUUUUGUAGAAAAUGGAUAUAUUUAUGCCGAUUUUAAUAUUUUUGAAAGCUUUCGAUGUUCAUUUCUUAUUUUAUUAUAGCUCACUUUUCCAGACGUCGACACGGCUGAAGCCUUCGGCGCCUACGAACUUUCGCCCAUGAUCCCGAAAGGCGGCAGAAAAUCGAAGGUCCGCGUCACGAAGCCCGAGUGAGCCUUCUCGCCGACCCUGUCACAGUGUAUCAACUCGAUAGUUACAGUAACCAGGAGGGCGGGACCUACUGUGGCGACCGAGCCGCCGACCGCUGCUUCCUCGGCCCCCUCUUCGACACGCUCUUCCCGUCCACCGAGCAGAAGUCGCUCAAGGUCUGA